CGCCGGCUUUGCCGGUACUUGUUGCUCGGGGCUUUGUUCGGCGUGGGCUUUCGCAAAUUUUGUAAAGGUGAUAUUAUCACGUAAUUCUCCUUUCCCCUUUGCAAAAAUUAUCACUAAUCAAGGAAAAUGUUCGAGGCACGUUUGGUGCAGAGCGUUCUACUAAAGAAGGUCCUCGAUGCUAUAAAGGACCUUUUAAACGAGGCUACUUUCGAGUGCUCCGAUUCUGGCAUUCAAUUACAAGCCAUGGAUAACGCUCACGUUUCUUUGGUUUCCUUAAAUUUGAGGAGCGACGGCUUUGAUAAAUAUAGAUGCGACCGAAAUCUCUCGAUGGGAUUGAGCGUAUCUAGUAUGUCAAAGAUUUUGAAAUGUGCGGACAGUGAAGACACGGUCACGUUGCGGGCUUUAGAUAGUCCAAAUUCCGUCCUUUUUAUCUUUGAAGCUCAAGGCAAGGAAAAAAUUGCAGAAUAUGAAAUGAAAUUGAUAAAUCUAGACCAAGAACAUCUUGGCAUUCCCGAAACAACGUACUCUUGCAUCGUUAAAAUGCCAUCCCAAGAGUUUGCCAGAAUAUGCCGUGAUUUAAGUCAGUUUGGAGAAGCUAUAACGAUUUCUGUUACUAAAGAAGGCAUUAAGUUCGGCGCCAGUGGAGAUGCCGGAAGUGCUAAUAUAAAACUUGCUCAGUCUUCCGAUUCAACCAAUGAAGAUGCUUCAAUAGACAUUGAAAUGCAAGAACCUGUUAAAUUGACGUUUGCCUGCCGUUAUCUAAACUGUUUUGUCAAAGCAACACCGCUUUGUGCACAAGUUCAGUUGUCCAUGUCAGCUAAUGUUCCCCUAGUAUGCGAAUAUCGAAUUGGAGACAUUGGACACAUCAGGUAUUACUUAGCUCCUAAGAUCGAUGAUGAAGAAGAAAACUAGUAGAUAACAAUAAGUAGAAUCGAAGUGGCUGAUGGAUGUAAGCAUGUCACCAUUUAUCGCAAUUACAUUAAAAACUUAAGCAGAUAAGAUUUAAAAUUCCCUUUCAACCGCUUAAGGCAGAGUAUUUUUAAUACGAGCAUAAUUUAAUGUAGCAUGUAAAUAAUAAAAAAAUGUCUUUUAUAAAUGAUACGAUACAUGCUUGAAUCAUUCCAUUUAAAAUAUUUUAGAAGAUAACCGUUGAUCUAGGACAGUGAUAUUAAAAUGAUAACAAGACUGAGCUUGAAUUACUUUGGAGGUAAUGUAUUAAUCAAUGUGUACAGUUAAAAGUCAUUUGGCUCGUCACAGUAUUAGCGCAACGUAGAAUUGACACUAUAGUUCGCAAAAUUGUGACGCGAUCACGAUUAUUAAGAUAAAACGAUGUCGUACCAUAAGAGUUCCUUUUUUACACGCUACAUUCUUUGUCGACUGUGACUGUAUUUUGAUAGUAUCCGAUUUGUAACGUAGUAUCGAAGGACCGAAUACAUCUUGAGAAAUUUUGAUGAA